GAAUAAUGUUGUGUUUCCGAUUCCGGUAAGGUGUCAUGGCGUUGGAAACUGCUAGAGGAAUGAUGGAAGAUGAAAAUGUGGAGGACGGUGAGCUCAGCGGCUCCGACACCGACAUGAACGUGGCCGGGCCGGGAGACAUGUUUCAAAAUCAGAGACUGGGUGGCAUCGGUUCUUCGGUACGUUUCAGACCAAACACUUCUCAAGCUGCCAGUAUCCACUACCGUUCUGUCAAAGGUCUGGACUCCAGUGAUGACAGCUUGUCUGACUCUGAUGACGAUGAUGGAUCUCCGUGGAAACGAAAGCGUCAAAAAUCUUCUCACCCCCCACUUGGCGCAUCCAAGCCGACCCCUCCUUUAGCUCCAAUCAACCAGCAGCCAAGACAGUUAGGCACAGGAGCCGCCAAAUUUAAUGUGUGGGGCACUGUGCUCCAUGAGCAGGCACAAGAGGCAGUAGCCACUGAACUUUGUGUCAUUGACAUGGAAGGCCAGUUAGAUAUGAGCAGGCAGUCAGAGACUUAUAAUUAUAUGCUAGCAAAGAGAAUGAUGGAUAAAAACAAAGAGGAAAAAUUAAAACUCGAUAAAGAACUGGAUGAGUACAUGCAGGAUGAUAAGACGUCUUUACCUAAAGAAGAGAACGGACACGUAACGAGAAAACGGCCAGUGAAAGAGAGGCUGGGCGAGAGAUUAGAAAUGAACUAUAAAGGGAGAUAUGAAAUAACAAUGGGUGACCCAGAGGAUAAAGUUUCAGAUGAAAUUGCAUAUAGGCUUCGAGAACCCAAGAAAGAUCUAAUAAAGCGUGUUGUGAAAUCAAUUGGAACAAAGAAGGCAAUUGAGCUGCUCAUUGAGACUGCCGAGGUGGAACAGAACGGUGGGCUCUUCAUUAUGAAUGGGAGCAGAAGGCGUACACCAGGUGGCGUUUAUUUCAACCUAUUGAAGAACACCCCAAGCAUUACAUCCGAGCAAGUCAAGGAAAUAUUUUGUGAAGAAAACCAGAAGGAAUCUGAGGUUAAAAAGGCAGCAAAAAAGAGGAGGCGGCACGUGAUUGCGAAGAAGAUGAAGGAAGCCAUCAAAGGUCUGAAUUUCCAAGAGCAUGAUGAUGCUUCCAGAGAAACAUUUGCGAGUGACACCAAUGAAGCAUUGGCUUCCCUAGAUGAUGAACACGCUGAGAUGAAAGCUGAUACAGAAGAUGCAAUUGAGAUUGAUAAUACCCACGACCUGGAGACUUUUUAACACAACUUGUUGAACACUGCAAAUAUGGCAGUUUCAUUCGGUAACUUAAAAGGAGAAACUAAGGAACUAGGACUCUUACUGUUUAUCAGAACUAGAUUCUGUUUUCAUAUAAAUCUGUGUUCGACUCUU